AGGCGUAGACAUAACCGUUCACACGGCUUGGGGUAUUUUUGCAUCGGGUUUUGCAAGAGGGACGACCCGAGGAUUCAAAAAGAUACACAGACUUGUCACUGGAGGGAAAGGUCUGCACGGAGAGAGGGAUUGCUUGUGAUUGGCAUUUCAGUGAGCCUGUGUGUGUAAAAUAGUGAGAAAGAAAAAGGAGAAGAGCAAUUCGAGACUGAACAUUUACUAUGGUCCUGGUGGAGGGUCUGAUCUUCAUGUUAUGGCCCCUCAGCAGUUUAUGUCAGGCAUCACCAGGUGAUCCAUGGAGCAGCUGUCCAGCAGAUAAGAUAUGCAAAGUCAAGUUUGCGAAUGGCGCGUGUGAUAUGGAAUGCUCUGGGUCGCAGUGCCUGAAAGACGGCUUCGACUGCCUUAAGCCCAAAGAAUCCUGCAAUUCCGGCUACAUUCUGUACUGCCGUGACCACUUCGACAACACACACUGUGAGAAGGGUUGCAACACUGCCCCCUGUGGGUGGGAUGGUUCAGACUGUAUAAAAACCUAUAAAAACCAGCAUCCCAAUUGGGCCAAAGGAGUGCUGAUUCUGCAUACGGCAAUUCCUUUCCAGAAAGUGCCAUUGCAGAACAGUUCGUUACUUUGGGCUCUCAGCAUCCUGCUGCAAACCAGCGUCAAACUGAGAGGGGUGGUGCCACUCCAGCCCAGUGCUGAUUUCUUCGCUAUGGAUGCACAGCAGCUGAUAGAUCUGCACCAGCAAGCGCCUAAUUACAAAAGCAACAGGUCUUUAUUGUUCCUACAAGUGGAUAACAGGCCAUGCUCCCAGCUACCAUUCUCUUGUUUUCCCUAUGCAUCGGAGGCAGCAGAUUUCCUGAACGCCAUGCUGGAGUUGAACCUUGCCCCAGCCCACAUCAAACCCGAGAUCCAAGUACUCAUCGGCAUCCGGGGCAUCAAUAAGGAAAUCACAGUAAGAGAAACUCCCAUCAAGGAGCCUGAUGGUUCUCCUGCAUGGCUGUGGCCCGUGGUUGGCAUUGCAGUGGGCAUUGGGGUGGCACUGGCCGUAGUGGCGAUGGCAGUGCUGGUAUGGUUCUGGAGAAGACGACAGAGGAGAGAACAAAGAGACCAUCACAGACGAGUGCAUCACAGAUCUAUUGCAACUGACAGCAAUGGUGAGAGUAAAGACUGGACACAGUGCUCCACUGAGCAGAACAAAAGGAAUGGAAGGAUAGCAAGGGAGAAGGACAGAAAUGGCUUGAAGAAGAAGAAGCAGAAAGGGAAGGACCUGAGAAAGAAGCGCAGGGAACCACUCGGAGAGGAUGCCAUUCGGAUAAGGCCUCUUAAGAAGUCCUUGGACAUUGGCAGUGACACGGACGUGACCCAGAGCUCCAUGGAGGACAUCAGCAAGACAAUCUGUGACCACAGAUCUCCAGAUCAGAAACAUUUCAACAUCAAUCACAAGCAUGUGCCCAUAAGUCCACCAAGGAGGUGGGACAGGAACUCCAUUCCUACACAGCAGAGGACACCAAGCAAUUCAGCCCCAGUGCAGUGGUGUGGACCUGACGGUUCUGUGGUUCUGAUCCGUGCUGUGAGGAGUGGCCUCGAUCGGGUGGUGUUGGAGCUGCUCAGAGCUGGGGUGCCUGUCAACAACACCGACCACACCGGGAGAUCCGCCCUGCACUGGGCAUGCUCAGUAAACCACCUCUCAUUAGCUCGGACGCUGAUACGUUACGGCGCUGCUGUGGACAUGCAGGACCACAAGUCCUUCCAUUUCCAGGGCGAGACAGCUCUGUUUCUCUCGGCGCUCCAUGGCUGCUACGAUACUGCUAGGUUCCUCGUCCUAAACGGUGCCAAUCAGGAGCUGAUGGACUGCAGGGGGCGUCGGCCAAUAGAUGUGGCCCAGGAAGGAUUCCAUCAUGAGAUCCUCGAGCUUCUACUGGCCCACCGAGUCCACCAGAGCCCGUUUCCUGUGGCCCCAGCUACCGAGGUGCUGUGGGAUGACCGUACUUACCUGUAUUCCCCAUGGGUGGCAUCACCUCCAUGUCUGCCAGGAAGGAGUGCUUCCUUUUCUGGAGUUGUAGGACCCAGGGAGAUGUCUUCACCCCAGUCCAGUGACUGGCAAUUUGUGGCACCUCAAAACUGGCGGCCAAUGACAAACCAAUCCGCGACGGCGCUAGUCAGCCCCAGGGUCCUCAGCCGCCCAUCGCGUCCAAUCAGCACGCUUCAGGAAGUGACCUCAGAAGCCGAGGAAGAAGAAAGAGAAGCAGCACAGCAUGUCCCCAGAGCGACGACACCCCACUUCCUGUGUCCUCUGCCAGCACCCCGGCAGCGCUCAUUCUCCUGCACACAGCCCGCUCUGCAGCGCCGCCUCAGUGCCAACCAACCAGAACCGGUCGUCAGCAUCCAACAAGAGAGACUAGCUAAUGAGCAAGUAGAAAUAGUGGUCGUGCCCCACCCUAAGACAAGCUCCAGCCAAUCAGAGAGCAGAAGUGCAGGGACGGUGUGUAAUACAGACUCUGAGAGAGAGAGGAAGAAGAUCUGCAACGCAAGAAGUCAAAGUGAGGCGGUCGAUACCGAGCCCACGUCAGUACAGACUGUUAUGUGACCGCGAUGGAUUUUCAUAAAGCUCUGUAUUGUAAGAAGUUCCAAAAGUCUAAUUCCACUACCAUGCACUUGGUUUUCCCCGAAAACUAAUACCAAAUGCUUAUGAUAAAAAUACAUUACAUGCAAUGGAGAAACCAUUUAUUUUCAGCAGUCUGUCAAACCCAUGUAUUCAACUAAAUAAAAAUAAAUCUAGA